CGGGGCCGCCCCGCCCAAGGUUAUAAAAAGGCGGCGCGGUGCCAGUCACCCCCCGCAGCAGCUCAAGAUGGCGGCCUUGAGGGCGGCGCGGGCGGCCCUGCUGCGGCCCGGGCCCGGGCAGGCGGCGGCUAGGCUGGGCUACCACAAGAAGGUGGUGGAUCACUACGAGAACCCGCGCAACGUCGGCUCCCUCGACCGCAACGCCAAGAACGUGGGCACCGGCCUGGUGGGCGCCCCCGCCUGCGGCGAUGUCAUGAAGCUUCAGGUGGAAGUGGACGAGAACGGGAAGAUCGUCGAUGCCCGUUUCAAAACCUUCGGCUGCGGGUCGGCGAUCGCGUCGAGUUCGCUGGCGACAGAGUGGGUCAAAGGGAAAACGGUUGACGAAGCGUUGAAAAUCAAGAACACGGAUAUAGCUAAAGAACUCUGCCUUCCUCCAGUCAAACUGCACUGCUCUAUGUUGGCUGAAGACGCAAUCAAGGCUGCCUUGGCUGAUUACAGAUUGAAGCAGGAUCCAAACAAAGAAGAGCCAGAGAAGAAAGCAAACAAUGCCUAAACUGACUGUAAAGCUUGUUCUCAUUCCACUUAAAUUUGCAGUGCAAUUAUUCUAGCUAUUAGUAGGAUCCUGCGCACUACUAAACGAAGCUGUAAGAUACGCACAACUCACGCACAACGUGUCACUGUUUCUGUGUGUACAGUCACUCUUGUGCUUACACGACUGGGAUAUGGGUAUUUCAGCAGCCUGUGUCCUGUCACAACAGUGUUUGAAACGAAGACUGCUCAACUGCAGAGAACUCAGUGGCUUCUCUUUGGAGAGAAAAUCCUGCUGUUCCGGUACUGGAAGGGCUGUAGUUUUUUGGAAGUUGUAUAGUUUUGCCUAAUAUUUUACAGAAUUUAGUGGGAAACAUUGCCUUGGUAUUAACGUUUAUGUAAGAACUGGAGAUCAGCCUGUGUAUCAGUGCAGCGUACAAAUGUGGGGCAGUGUGUCUGCCCGCAGACUACAGCUGUGUUGGGGUUUCAUUUCGCAAUCUGUGUGCAAGUUCCUCCUCUCCCGGCAUGCUGGGAUGCUUCAGGAGGCACUAGAGGGCACUGGCAGCGUGCUGGUGGGACCCAGUGAGUAGCGGCUGGGUGCUGCCACUCCAGGAAGUGCAGACCCAGUGCUAGCAGGGCUUGCUUCUGCUCACAUCCUGUCGUGACUAACGCUUGGUUUGUUUGUUUUGAAGCUCCCCUUAAAGGUACAGUCUUAGUUUUGGAUUGUCUUCUAUGGCCAAGUACUUUGUUAAAAAAAGAAUAAAUGCGCCCUUGGGUUUGAACCCCG